GUUUCUCAUGUUACACGCACAAGAUGUUGGUGUGUGAGCCGUGCAGUGUCUAUGUGGAGCGAACCUCCCACAGAUCUUCAAUGGACAUUAAAUAUGGAAUAAUGAGACACAGGUCAAGAAACUUGCCCAAGUUCAGACAAGACCCUCGGAGAAGGUCAGGUAAGCUUUCUGAGACCACACAGCAAGCGAGUGGCGCAGCAAGUACUGAAGCCGAUGUUUGCCUCCCCCUCUCCUGCCAAGAAGAACUGCCAGGGGUCCCUGAGGAAGCAGAAGAUGGGGAAGAGGGAAGGGAGCAGGCUGCGUCUGCGCGCGUGCCGGGAAGUGGGGGCUUCUGGGGCUGCAGGGUCGCCAUAGCGGGUGUGAUGCAAUCACGCCCGUCGCUGCGUCAAAGGGCGGCUCCAGGGAUGCGGGGACUGCGGUAGAGUUGGUCCCCACCGCCGCCCACCUCGCCCCUGCCGCCCACCGCGGCCCACCCGGCAGGCAACCGCUGCCGCUAAGCUUCGUCCAGCGUCAGGCCCACCGCCCCGGAGCCACCAGCGACCCUGACAACCGCCCCCAGGUACCGGCGGUCCCUGACAACCACUCCGAGCCACCGGUAACCCCUGACAACCGCCGCCAGCCCCCCUCCCCGCCCCCUCCCCGGGCGCCCGGGGCGCGCCAUGAAGUCGGCGGUGAGCGCGCGCGGUGGGGUGUCCGGCGGCCGCGGGGGCGGCUGCUGGGGCGGGGGGCGAGGAGGCGGAGGAGGAGGCGGGGGCAAAGGAGCAGGAGGCGAUGGCGGCGGCCCGGGGGGCAAGGGCGGCUUCGGAGCGCGGACGCGCGGCUUCGGAGGCGGCAGGGGCCGGGGGCGCGGUGGCGGAGACGGCAGGGACCGCGGAGGCGGCGGGCAGCGGCGUGGCGUGGCCAAGAGCAAGAACCGCCGCAGGAAGGGCGUCACCACGGUAUCCGUGGAACCGCACCGGCACGAGGGGGUCUUCAUCUACCGCGGGGCGGAGGACGCUCUGGUCACACUGAACAUGGUGCCCGGCCAGUCGGUGUACGGCGAGCGGCGGGUCACGGUGACCGAGGGCGGCGUGAAACAGGAGUAUCGCACGUGGAACCCCUUCCGCUCCAAGCUGGCCGCGGCCAUACUGGGCGGGGUCGACCAGAUUCACAUCAAGCCCAAGUCCAAAGUGCUGUACCUCGGGGCCGCCUCGGGGACCACCGUCUCCCACGUCUCCGACAUCAUCGGCCCUGAUGGCCUAGUCUACGCGGUCGAGUUCUCCCACCGCGCCGGCCGCGAUCUGGUCAACGUGGCCAAGAAGAGAACCAACAUCAUCCCAGUCCUCGAAGACGCCCGGCACCCCCUCAAGUACCGCAUGCUCAUCGGGAUGGUGGACGUGAUCUUUGCCGAUGUGGCCCAGCCAGACCAGUCCCGCAUCGUGGCUCUGAAUGCCCACACCUUCCUGCGCAAUGGGGGCCACUUCCUCAUUUCCAUCAAGGCCAAUUGCAUCGACUCCACCGCCUCGGCAGAGGCGGUGUUUGCUUCUGAGGUGAGGAAGUUGCAGCAGGAGAAUUUGAAGCCUCAAGAGCAGCUGACCCUGGAGCCCUAUGAGAGGGACCACGCUGUGGUUGUCGGGGUCUAUCGGCCCCUUCCCAAGAGCGCCAACAAGUAGCAACCCAGCUCGGGCUGUCCCUGAGAUAAUGCCUAAGACUGUGCUGUGUUCGGUGUUACUAUAUGUGUGUUUUCUUUGUGCACCACUUUUCUAUUAAAUGGCAUAAAGAAACAGUACCCAGGUGUAUCAGUGAGGCCAGACUCAGUUAUCCCCAAAUCUC